AUGGCGAGCAAGCUCCAUGCCGAUGAGGAGGAGGCUGGUUUCGGGUCCUUCUACUGGGGAGAUGAAUUUGUCUACCCAGUUGGUGGAGAGAGCAAUGCCCGAAAGCUGGCUGGUGCUGUCAAGGGCAAACUGGAUGAGUCGGGAAUGUUGAGGAUCGAGCUGAUCGGCGCACCCUCCCUGCGCAUCGCGCUGACCUCACUGACCCAGGUCGCUGGCAUGAACGAGCAAGAAGGCGUCGCAGGGCAACAGAAGGCCUACACCUCUGUUUGUACGCCACAUGUGCUUGCAAGGAACGUUAGUCAAGUUACCAUAGAAGACAGAGAAGCUGCGCUGCAUGCCCAAUUUUCUGGUAACUCCUUCUUAAAGAAGGCCGCGUUUCAAAGAGUGCGAGCUGUUGAUCUGCUGGUUCUUUGUGGGGCACCUAUGCGUCCUGUGACCGCCUGUGCCACCUGUGCAGGUGAAGCCGCGGCGCCAGCCGACGCAGCUGCCCACCGGGGCUGGGAAGAAGAGCUGAAAUUGAGCUUCGUUGCAUUCGUGAGGUUCCUGCAGCAGGCUCACCAGCUGACAUGCUUCCUUGUCAGCACCGCCGAAGACGUGGGCACAGGCGAGGGGCGCCAUGUGGUCGUGCUGGCCUUGGGGCUGCUGGCGGUGGCCCUGGCUGUGCGUAGAAGGCCACGGCAGGUCAAGCCCAAGGUGAAGCCGCGGCGCCAGCCUACGCAGCUGCCCACUGGGAUGAAACUUUGUGGCUCCUCAAUGCCCCGUCUCUGCUUCGAGGGUGAGGAUAUGGCGAGGUUCGAGCGCGAGGUCAUCCGGAUCUACGCCGUGGAUCACUCAAAGCCGCCGUUGGGCGACGGAAAAUCCCGCCCCAGCAGCUUCGUCCCUUCACGGAAUGUAGCCGACUCGCUGAGGCACAUGCGCACCGCCUGCAAGGAUCUCGAGGCUGAGACGGCAGAGGAUGGCCGAAUCUUUGAGCCGCUGGACGACGUGCUCAUGGCACGGCACCUGAUCGCUGCAGACUUCGACCUCGGCAAGUGUACGGAGGUCGUUCGGAACUACGUCUCCUUGCGUCAGCAACUUUGUGGAGGUGUGCCGCCGGACCUAUCUUGGCUCAGCCUAGGCUUCGCCAUUGCGCCAUUCGAGGACGUGAUGGGGCGUCCAGUGUUCCUGGCCCGUGCUCGAUACAUCCCGCCAGACACAUGUGCCGAGGCCUUUCGGACCCUGUACCGGGGACUCGCCGACGCAGUCAUCAUGCACCUCCUGCAGAAGCGCUCGACGCAGAUGUCCGAGCUGAACCCACUGGAGCAGUACGUGCUCGUUAUCGACGUGGCAGGUGCCACCCGGAGCAACUUCUCCAUGGCAGCGGUGAAGGUCAUGAUUUCAGAAAGCAACGCCAACUACCCGGAUCGCGUGGCCGAGAUGUUCGUCUUAGGCGCGAACAUGGUGGUUCGCAGCCUCUGGUCGCUGGUCAGCCCAAUGGUCCACCCGCGCACGCGGCACAAGGUGCAUAUGGUGGGACCGGCAGAGGUGCCAGAGACCAUGCGCCGCCUCGUGGGGUCCUCUGAGCUGGUCCCGGAGGAGUAUGGAGGCACCGGGCGUCGGUUGCCCGCUCCGACAGAGUCACGAAAUGUGGUGGACAUGGCAGGCCGCCUGGCUGCUGGUGCAUGGGACCGAGCCGGUGCGCUGAAAAGCUUCGAAGAGCGGACGGCGCGGUCACGCGUGGGCGUCGCCUGGAACGUGCCCCGCAACUCCUUCCAAGCCGCCCAAGCGAGCUCGUUCCGGCUUUGGCUGGCGAAUCGGGGUGAGGGCACUGCCGUCAUUCGCUCGCAGGCGGAGGUGAUUGAUUUUUUGGCCGACCUCCUCCUCCGUGGCCUUGCAGACCUGGGCGAGACGCCCGUGCCAGGAGGGUGCUGCCCUACGGGCCAUUGGCUGAUUCAGUGCUUGACGCUGAGGCACUGGGAGCCCGAGGCGGAGAGGGCCAAGAAUGCAGCUCGAGCGCCCGAGGUGCUAGCGCGCUGCUUCGGGAGGAUCCUGUCGGAGCACAGUGGCCGUGAGCCCGCGCGCGCUGUCCUUGAUUUCGUCACGGGCAGCGGGCCAUACGUUCUGCGCCGGUGA